AUCAAUGGACAAAGUAGUCCUUUUGGUGGUCCAGGUCCAGGGCUAGGCUAGAGUAAAGUUAACCUCGGCGUGUUGUAAAAUCUUGUGGGUAAAGAAAGAUUGUAUAUUUUGGCUUAAGUUAUCACAAUCCACAUAGACUCUUUGAUUUCAUCUGUAUCUCACAUGUAAAAAUAAAAAAUGUAUCAUAAAAUGGUUGUAAAAAGAAUUAUUGUGCCAGUGUCUUCAUCAGUUCUGUUGGCAGCUACAGUUGUUGCUAGCAGUGACAGUAAGGAUAAACAAGAAAAGAAAAAUUUAAUUAGAGCGAGGGAUCUUUCAAUUUAUAGUAAACCUGCACAACAAACGAAUGUACAGGAAGAGACAGAGCCGAAAUCUCAGUCUGCUCUAUUGUCUGUGGUAAGGCAAGUGAGGGAAGGAGUUUGGGCUGUUUCUGAUCAGUUCAAUCAGGUCUCAAGCCAAUUCAACAAUAUUGUUGAAACCGGCAAGGCACAUACAUCAUCGACCAUCCAGAUCUUGCGUGAAGAAGACAACUAUCCGCAGCGUUAUGGUGCUAUUGCUGCCGGAGGUCUCUUGGGCUACGUCAUCGCCAUCCGCCGUGGCUGGUUCAGACGGAUCAUCUACACUGGCACAGGGGCCACUGCAGUUGCUGCCAUAUGCUAUCCUGAAGAGGCUAAGGAGUACAGUUCUGAGGGCUUCAAGCAAGCCAAACGUUACAUCGUCAUUGCCUACCACUUCCUUAAUGGCGUGAUGCGAGAUUAUAUUGGGGUACAGCUACCAAGUCUACCGGGACCACUGUCUAGUGCAGACACCUCCGUACCAACUAGUGCUUCACUGAUGCCUCCCCCUGCCACCGCACCCAGCCACAUCUCUGCUGGCCCGAUACCUCUACCUCCAAUUGACCUGCCUACAUCUGUUUCAGCCUCUCAGAAAACACAAGGUAGUGCUUCCUCUGGCAAAGCUUCAAAAAAGAAUCAACAAGACACAAAACCCGAACCUCAACCAACAUCCUAUUCUCUGCCUGAUCCUGGUCAUCCUGUGGUUGAUCAUAACGAUGACUUAACCAGUUUUUACUCGAGGAGAGCGUAGCUACAACAUUGCAAUCGUUCUGUACAUGCUGUGAAACAGACUAAAUUCCAAAAUUGUAUAUAUAAUUUUAUUUUAUGUGGACAAAUAAAUUGUACAAGGUAUCUUGUUUAUCAAAUUGCAUGUUGUUUCUUGGUUUCUGAAAAAAAUAAAACUAUUAAAGAGAAAUUACAUCUAUUAA